GUCAUAAAUUCUGUCAAUGUUUUCCAGUUGUGUAUUUGUGAUCGGUUGGAAUUGCAAUUUGUAAUCUGUUGAUGGGGGGAAAAUCUGAUCAAAAACAUAUGAGUAUUUUAUCAGUAUUAACACAUUCGAGGAUAAAUAAAUAUGACAUCUAUAUUCGAUCAAUACGAGCAAGCCUCACAGGUGUCGCAGCGAAGUAAACCCGUAUCAGAAGCAAUGACAUCCUCUGGUUACAUUACGAUGCAAAUGGAAGACAAUACUCCAAUGUUUUCUAAACAAAAAAUGAAUUUUAAUCCGUCGGACACCAUAACACAUGUUUCUGUGGCAAAUGAUUACUUAGUACUGGCUAUGGCUAAUGGGAAACUGUUCAGACUGGACUUGAAACAACCUGAUAAACACGAAGAAAUUGAAUACACAAAAUUCCACCCAAAUGCAAAACUUACUGGCAUAUUUUUGGACCCCCUUGGCUACCAUCUUCUUCUCGCUUUCAUUGCUAGGAACAAGGAUGGUUACCCUGAACUUGUCUAUUUGCACCGAAAGAGUUCAAAAUUGAAAUCGGUCAGUAAAUCCAGAAACUAUGAGGUCACUGAAGUAGGAUGGAAUUAUGAAAAUCUGUCUGAGAACAGUACUGGGCCUAUAUUGUUGGGAACAUCACAAGGUCAUAUACUGGAAACUGAACUGGAAGCAGACAGUGACAGGAUGUUUACUGUCAACCAACAGUAUUGGAGACAGAUAUUUGAUAUAGGACGUGGAACUGAUAUACCUAUCACAGGUAUUCAAUUCCACAGAGUGGGAACUUCGAACAAGUUCUUCAUUUUCAUCACAACCCCUACCAGAUUAUACCAGUUUAUCGGUAACGCAGUAACCACAGAUGGCAAGCCAUCCCUUCAGUCAAUAUUUUAUCCAUAUCUCACUACACCUGAAACUGGUUUUCAAGAAAUUCCAUCCACAUUAAAGUAUUCUAGAUUGCAGUUCUAUUUUGACAAAAAUAAUAUACCAAAGACUUUCGCUUGGCUGACAGAACCCGGUGUGUUCUAUGGACAGUUAGAUCCUACUUCACAACAAAAUUCCAAUUCCUUAUUCACACAAGGGGAAUUAAUAAACUAUCCACCGGAUUCUGAACCGAAAACUGAAGCACCUUUGGCUUUUGUGCUGACUGAGUUUCAUGUGCUCCUUAUGUACUCGGAUAAGGUGAAAGCCAUAUCACUGCUCAACCAGGAACUAGUUUACGAAGACACGUAUUCAGUGUCCCAUGGGAAAUUGAAGAACAUCAUUAAAGAUCCCAAGAGGAGAACUAUCUGGGCUGUUACAGAUAAAGCUGUGUUUCGGUACAAGGUGGUUAGAGAAGAGAGGAACGUUUGGAGGAUUUACUGCGACCGCGAACAAUUCAACUUGGCUAAAGAGUACUGCCACCACAAUCCUGCUUUCGUCGACGUUAUUAACGUGAAACACGCUGAACUGUUGUAUUCCAAAGGAGACUACGAAGGGAGCGCCAGAAUUUAUGCCGAAUCUAAAAGUAGUUUCGAAACUGUAUGUCUUAAGUUCUUAGAGAAAGAGCAAAUAAAUGCACUCAAAGUUUACUUAAGCAGUCGUUUAGAAGCCCUAGAAGAGGAGGACAAGACAUUGAUUUCGAUGAUAGUGAUCUGGAUGACCGAGUUGUAUUUGUCACAGUUGGGGCUACUCAGGAGAUCAGGCAAAACUAAUUCGGAACAGUACCAUCAGAUACAAAGUGACUUCGAAGUGUUCUUAUUGCAUCCUAAAGUCUCGAAGUGCAUGCAGUACGUGAAGUCCGUAAUUUACGACCUGAUGUCAUCACACGGCGACAAGCAGAAUCUUAUCAAGCUGACUCUGAUCAAUGAGGACUACGAAAACGUCGUAGCUCAACACAUUUACAAGAAAUCCUAUUUGGAGGCUUUGAAUAUGCUGCAAACUUUGAAGAAACCUGAUCUAUUCUACCAGUUCGCUCCCGUAUUAAUCGAGGAAACUCCUAAGCACACCGUGAACACGUUGAUAUCUCAAGGGGCUAAAUUGAAUCCAGCGAAACUUUUGCCGGCUUUUCUGUCGUGCGAAACAGACGAAACACACGUAACCGAAAUCAUAAGGUAUUUGGAGUUCAUGCACCAGAACUUCAACGUGAAAGACAAGGCUAUCCACAACUAUCUGUUGACUCUUUACGUGGAACAUGACAACGAUGCCCUGAUGAGAUAUUUGGAGCGGCAGGGGUCUGACGUGACGAUGGUCAACUACGACGUGCAUUAUGCAUUGAGGUUGUGCCGUGAGAAGAAGCUGUCGUCGGCGUGCGUGAAGCUGUCCGCGCUGCUGGAGCUGUGGGAGGCGGCGGUGGAGCUCGCGCUGCAGGUGGACCUGGCGCUGGCCAAGAGCGUGGCCGACAUGACGCGCGACGCCGAGACGCAGCGCAGUCUGUGGCUCUACAUAGCGGAGCACGUCAUCACCAAAAAUCAAGAUCUGAAGGAAGCCAUGAGCUUCCUCAAAGAGUGUCCGCUGAUUAAAAUUGAAGAUAUCCUGCCGUUCUUCAGUGACGUCGUCACCAUCGACCAUUUCAGGGAGCCCAUCUGCCAGUCGCUCGAGGAGUAUAAUAAUCAAAUAGAAGAAUUGAAAGCUGAAAUGGAAGACGCAACAAAGUCCGCUGAAUAUGUGCGCGGCGAGAUAGCCUCGUUCCGCGGUCGCGCGGCGGUGGUGGGCGCGGGCGCGGCGUGCGCGCAGUGCGGCAUCGCGCUGCUGCUGCGCCCCUUCUACCUGUUCCCGUGCGGCCACCGCCUGCACGCCGACUGCCUGCUGGCCGAGGUGCAGCCCGCGCUAGGUCCAGCUCGCCGCAACAAGCUGGCAGAUCUCCAGCGGCAGUUGUCGGUUCUAUCCAACAUCGAGCUGUCCACCGCCACGUCCAGCGGCCUGCCGCUCAGGGAGGUGUUACGUAACGAAUUAGACGACAUCGUCGCCACCGAGUGUAUCUUCUGCGGAGAGUACAUGAUCAGCUGUAUCGACAAACCUUUUAUACCCGAUGAAGAUUGGGACAGAGUUAUGAAGGAGUGGGAGUAAUGAAACCAGAAGAACAAGGGCACUAGUGAAUGUAGACUAAUAAUUAUCUUAUCAGAUCAGUUGCAUAUUGUCAGAUCAGAAUGGUAUUAUCUGACAAAAAUGACCAUAAAAGGAGGCUAGUUUUAGAUGGAAAAAUGAAAAUUACUUUUAUUUAUAAAACAUAGAACAAAUAAGACUAAUGAGAAUUUAAGUAGGUAAGCCAUCUAUUUUGCCAUCACCUAUUUUAUUACUUAUAAUAUUACAUAGUUUUUAUUACUUGACUGUAAUUUUGUCUGUACGUAAUGUAUCUCAUUAUUAUUUUUAAUUAAGCAUGCAUAUUAUGUAAUGGCAUAAGUAGCUUCUGUGAUAUCAUUUUUAUGUAAAAAAAUAUAAUUUUUAGUUAAAUGUAUGUAUGAAAACUGAAUAAAUUAUUCUAUUA